CGAAAACCCCCAAUUGCUAUCUACGCUCGAAAGUGCCGUACAACCCAGGACCCAGAAUCCGUGGAACUUAAAGCUCCGGAAUCCAAGGAAAUCAAAGAAGCUCAAGAAAAUUCGAGCUGUGGCGGCAACGAGGUAGUUCCAGCAGGGAAGAAAGUGUGUGUGGCGGCGGGUGCUGAGGAGCGGACUGAGGAAUUGAAGAGCCGAAUGCCGCUAUUGAAGAAGAAAGCCAGGGAAUUUGACCCGAAAUUGGUGGCGAAUUGGGGCCAGGGCGAGAGGAUUCCUUUUGUGUUUGUUUGUUUGGUUUUCGAUUUGCUUGACAAAGAGACAGGUCGGAUUGUGAUCACGGAUAUUGUUUGUAACAUGUUGAGGACUGUAAUGUACACCACGCCUGAGGAUUUGGUUCCUAUGAUCUAUCUUGCGGCCAAUAGGAUUGCACCCGCAAUAGAAGCAAUAGAAGGUAUUACCAAUGUGGGUUUUGUGUAUCCUUCUCCGUUGUAUACCGCCGCAAACGUUUUGCAAAACCAUGGAAUCGAGGGUUUCCAAUCGGGAAGCCAAGUCCGACGAGUUCAAGAAGUCUCAAGAAGAAUUCAGGAUUUCUCAGGCCAAAUUUCGGACCGAUUUCAAGACUACCACUGA